AUGGGUGAGGCCACCCCGGCCGGAUCGCGUCGCCCCUCCGGCAGCGAGCACGACAUCGGUCACGGCCGCGGCCCCACCGCCAACCUCAACCACGCCGUCGACGCGCGUCACGGUCACGGCGGCAACCACCACGGCCAUCACUGGGUCUCGGCCGAGGACAAGCGUCUGCAGGAGGAUGCCGACAAGAAGCGCCACUGGAAGCGCUGGGGCCCCUACCUCAGCGAGCGCCAGUGGGGCACCGUCCGCGAGGACUACUCGGCCAACGGCGACGCCUGGUCCCACUUCCCGCACGAGUCCGCCCGCAGCCGCACCUACCGAUGGGGCGAGGACGGCCUGGCGGGUCUCUCGGACAACCACUGCCGCAUGGGCCUCAGCCUCGCGCUCUGGAACGGCAAGGACCGCAUGCUCAAGGAGCGCCUCUUUGGUCUCGCCAACAACGAGGGCAACCACGGCGAGGACGUCAAGGAGCUCUACUGGUACCUCGACAGCACCCCCACCCACAGCUACAUGAAGAUGCUCUACAAGUACCCGCAGGAGUCCUACCCCUACGAGCUCUUUGUGCGCGAGUCGCGCAACCGCAGCCGCGACGUCGCCGAGUUCGAGGUCACCGACACCGACCUCUUUGACGAGGACAAGUACUGGGACGUCUUUGUCGAGUACGCCAAGGACGAGGACGAGGAGAACGCCAUCUCGAUCCGCAUCAGCGCCUACAACCGCGGUCCCGAGCCUGCCGACCUCCACAUCCUGCCCCAGCUCCUCUUCCGCAACUACUGGUUCUGGCCCAAGGAGGAGCCUGCCAAGCCCCAGAUGAAGCAGACCGGCGACUACGUCAUCCAGGCAGACCAUCCGGAGCUCGGUCGCUACCACCUCUACUGCUCCACCAGUCCGGCGCCCAGCGCUCCCCCCGCCAAGCGCGGCCAGGCGCCCGAGCCCAUCUCGGACGAAGAGGUGGUGCCCGAGCUCCUCUUCACCGAAAACGAGACCAACUUUGAGCGUCUCUACAACGGCAACAACCGCAACGUCUACGCCAAGGACGCCUUCCACGACCACAUUGUCCCCGCCCACCGCAUGGAGAAGGAUCGUCCCAAGGCGAUCGAGCGCACGCGCAAGAUCAAGAAGACCGUGGUGCGCCAGGAGCGCCGCCCCAUCCCUCGUGACGAGGCUGCCAAGACCGACGCUGCGCCCAAGGCCAACGGCGCCUCGGCCGAUGCUCAGCCCGAGGCCGCCGCCGCCGAGGACCAGUUUGGCUCCAUCGGCCCCACGGGCGAGCAGGAUUACGAGGUGGUCGACAUCGAGGAGGAGGUCGAGGAGGAGGAGACCUACUUUGAAGACCCCGACGAGUCGACGCCGCCGCGCGACUACGUCAACCCGCAGAAGAAGGGUACCAAGGCGGGCGCGCACUACGUCUUCCGCCAGGUGCCGCCCUUUGGCGGCUGCGCCGUGGUGCGCAUGAAGCUCACGCCCCGAACGCCGUCGGAGGAUGCGGCGAUCGACGACGACGAGCAGUUUGACAACACGGUCGAGUCGCGCCGUUCCGAAGCCGACGAGUUCUACGCCAAGCUGAUCAGCGGACCCAUGUCGGACGACAUGAAGAACGUCAUGCGCCAGGCGCUCGCCGGCAUGCUGUGGAACAAGCAGUUCUACAUGUUCAUCCAGCCCGAGUGGCUGCGCGGCGACCCGGGCCAGCCGGCGCCGCCGCCGGAGCGCAAGCGCAUCCGCAACCACGACUGGCGCCACCUGCACAUGGAGGACAUCCUCUCGAUGCCCGACAAGUGGGAGUAUCCGUUCAGCGCCGUGUGGGACAGCGCCUUCCACUGCAUCCCGCUCGCCAUGGUCGACCCGGCCUUUGCCAAGAAGCAGCUCGACCUCUUCACGCGCGAAUGGUACAUGAAGCCCGACGGCGCGCUGCCGGCGUACGAGUGGAACUUUUCGGACGUCAACCCGCCCGUGCACGCGUGGGCGACGUUCCGCGUGUUCAAGAUCGAGCGCAAGAUGUUUGGGCGCGAGGACCUCGACUUUUUGGAGCGCGUCUUCCAGAAGCUGCUCAUCAACUUCACCUGGUGGGUCAACCGCAAGGACUCGAGCGGCUCCAACGUGUUUGAGGGCGGCUUCCUCGGCCUCGACAACAUCGGACCCUUCAACCGCUCCGAGCCGCUGCCCACGGGCGGCACGCUGCGCCAGGCCGACGGCACGGCGUGGAUGGCGUUCUAUGCGCUCAACAUGCUCAACAUGGCGCUCGAGCUGGCCAAGCACAAUCCGACGUACGAGGACAUUGCGUCCAAGUUCUUUGAGCACUUUAUCUUUAUCUCGGACGCCAUGUCGUUCCAUCAGGCCGACGACGAGGAGGGCAUCAGCCUGUGGUCGGACAAGGACGGCUUCUACUACGAUGCCAUCCAGUGGGGUCCCGGCCACAGCCAGGUGAUCCCGGUCAAGAGUCUGGUGGGCCUGAUCCCGCUGUACGCGACGCUGACGAUCGAGCCGUCGGCGCUGAAGCGGUUCCCGAGCUUUGCGAAGCGCAUGCAGUGGUUCCUGGACAACCGGCCCGAGAUGGCGGACCGCAACAUUGCCAACAUGCAGGUGGGCGGACGCGGCGACCGACGUCUGCUGUCCAUGGUGAGCCGGGAGCGGCUCGAGCUCAUCCUCAAGCGCAUGCUGGACGAGAACGAGUUCCUGUCGCCGCACGGCGUGCGUUCGCUCAGCAAGGACCACCAGAAGAAUCCCUUCCACGUCAACGUCGGCGGCGAGGAGUUCGGCGUGGGCUACUGGCCCGGCGACUCGCACAGCCCCAUGUUCGGCGGCAACUCCAACUGGCGCGGCCCGAUCUGGAUCUGCGUCAACUUCCUGCUCAUCGAGUCGCUCCAACGCUUCUACCAGUACUACGGCGACAGCUUCAAGGUCGAGUGUCCGACGGGCAGCGGCGACUACAUGCAUCUGGGCCACGUGGCCGAGGAGCUGUCGCACCGUCUGCUCGGCAUCUUCCUGCGCGACGACCAGGGCCGCAGGGCCAACAACGGCGGCAUCCCCAUGCUCGACUAUGCGCCCGAGUUCCGCGACCUGGUGCACUUCUACGAGUUCUUCCACGGCGACACGGGCAAGGGACUGGGUGCCUCGCACCAGUGUGGCUGGACGGGCCUCAUCGCGUAUACGAUCUACUCGACCGGAGCGAGCUACGGCUUGGCACAGACGCCGCGCACGCCCAAGUCGACCGCCGCACACUACUUUGACGAGCACCUCACCGAGGACGGACGAUCCGAGGCCGGCAGUGUGCCGUACUCGAACGCCUACUCGCGCCCGCCUUCGCCCGACGAGCUGUGA